AUACUACACACCACAUCAAGAUAUUACACUCUGACAUCCAUUUCUCUGCAUCUCUCCAUACAUAUCGAAUCUGCUACGACCAUCUCAUCACACUUUCCGAGCGUAGACUGCUAUCGAAAGCAUGUUCUACUCUCACGAGAUCCUCACUAACCGGAAAUAUGGUGUCGCGACCAUCUGGCUGGUUGCUACGCUAGGUCUGAGCAGGCUGCGCAAAGUCAACCGGAAGGAAAUCCUCGCAGUUAAUCUUCCGAAGGCCUGUGACACAGUCACCAACCCUGAGGCACCGUUGGCUCUCCGGCUUCAAUCGAAUCUUCUCGUUGGAAUCUCUCGAGUCUACCUGCAGCAGUUUGAGUACCUCUAUCACGAUGUUUCCAACGCUCACAUGAGCAUGAAGAGGCUUGAGAUGAUCGACACAGCUAAUAUCAACAUCAAGCCUACGAGAGAAGCCCAUGCCGAACAGCUCAUUCUGCCGGACGACCCGAGGAUACACCCCGACCUCCUGGGACUCGAUCUUGCCGAGCUUCGAGACUUGUUGCUCGACGACAUUGUUGACGCCCGGGAACCGGAGCUGGGUGCGGACUCGCUCAUAUUCAGCACCCCGGCGCAGCAAGGCUCCGCUGCGGGAUCGCAACGGACCCCAUUCGGGCUGGGCCCAGGAACUUCACCAAGCUCUGUUGCAGGAAUCGGCGGAUUCACUCCCUUCCAGCUUUCCGAGAUCAACACGGACAAAGCACUUUCACCACUUCGAGAUCUCGACUCCCAACUUGACCGGUUUGAAGAAAACCCACUCUUCGGUUUCGACGCAGACGGGAAUUUCAGGGACAAUACUCCACAACUCCCCCCGCUACUUGUAGGAGACGAGUCGCCGACCGUUGCUGCUAAAGCGAGGAAGCGUAAGCCGGGCGUUGGAAGUCACUUGGACAGCGACGACAUCGAAGAGCAGCCGAUGGGUGAGGAUUUGGUUUUGCCAAACAUGAUGGACCUGAUGGACCUAGAAGAGCAACUACCCGUCCCCAAUGUUGAAGCUGAAGUUGAGAAGGAGAAGGAAGUAACCCCCGUCCCCGCUGUUCGUCGUGCCCGCACCAAGCAUGUAAUCGUCGACAAUAACAGCUGUGUGAUCGUCCACGAUACCCUCAAGGCCUGGAAUACUGGUUACGCCGAACUCAUGGAAAACAACUGGGAGGCAAAGAUCGAAAACCUGAAGCAUCGUCAGAAUAGGCUUGCGAUCAUCAACCGAGCUAUUAUUGGAGAAGUUGGUCCAGCUUUCAAGUCGAUGUUCUCUACGCAGGCGAUCCUGGACAAAUUUCAAGCAUCCGCCGCCAAUGCCGGAAGCCAGGGAGAGGAGGAAAAUGCCCGGAGCUCUCAGGAAGGAGUUCAGGGGGAAGGAGAGCAGGAAGUUGGCCGCAGUGGGGAUAAUCAGGGGGCUGAGGUUCUUCCCGACGCCGCUGGAUCUGAUGUGGAGCUUGGCCGUGAUGCUCCUCUGCACCGGGAGGACGUGGUCAGCUUACACAGUGGCGACCAUAUCAUCUCCCCUGGAGGAGGUGCAAGCAGUAGCAGUGGCAUGGGAGGAGGAUUUGUCGCACGGCAGAGCUCGAGUCCUCUUCAGCUAAGGACUGGCCGCGCCGGGUCCAGAAUCAGCGUUGCGGGAUCUAUUCUUGAGGUCGUCGAAGAGGUUGACGAGAGCAACCUACUCAUGCCUGAUUACGUUCCUGAUCAGUUUGAUUUUUACGGUGAAGCCAGAGCUGCUCAUGAAGAAAUCAACAAUGAGAGGGAAAUCUCUGCUUUCUAUGACCACAUCAAGAAAAAGCUGGCUACCGAGCAAGCCCAUCGCGAGGCUGAACUCGAAGAGCAGAUUGACCACAUCGUCUUCCAGGAGAUCGUUAAGCCUGACCGGUCUAACCGCCGCCUCGCCGCCGCCGCAUUCCACCACACUUUGGUGCUGGCUACCAUGGGACUCAUCCGGCUCAACCAGGACGCGCAUUUUGGCGAGAUCCGCAUUGGCCUCGUGUAAACUGCGGUUGAACGAAUGCCCAUCCUCGGUAUAGUUACAUAGAGGAAGUGUCAACGUGCCGGAGAUUUGCCGUUUUUUUGUUUCUUU